AUGGCGCUUCUGAAGAGGGUGAGGGAUUACGCCGCCGUGGAUCAGCCAAUGCCGGUGGUGAAGAAGAAGAAGGAGUCGGCCACGAUCCCCGAGACCCAGCAGCUUGCUACGGCCGCGCCACCUCUGGCACAGAAGGAUGGUGAUGGCUCUCGCGCUUCUGCGGCUGGGUCAUCCUCGCGAGACUCGGAGUCCCGGCCUCAGGAGAAGGCGAUCUCUGUAGCCAAGCCGGCUCCGGAGGCGCUCGCCCUCAGCUCGCCUGCUGAGGUCCCGAAGGCUCUAGAGCCCCCGGCCCCCUCUGGUGCUGCUAACUUGCUGAUCCUGGCACCGGUGUUGUCUCCUCCCCCUUCCAUCAUGCUGUCGGGCCGUGGCUCUCUUGCUUUGCCUGCUGCUCUGGAGGAGGCUCUUUCCGCGCUGACCCAACUUCGCGACGACCUUCAAGGCACCGACCAUUGCCUGGUGGCGACAUGGAGCCAGGACGUAGCGGCCUCUGAGGAGGGUAAGCAGGCUGCCGGCCUGGCCGCGGUCGCCCUCGACGCGGCAUUGAGGGAUGCUGAGGCUACCAAGGAGCGCUGCAGGGUGGCGGAGGUCGAGCUGGAGACCUUGCGCAACGAGCGUGCCGCCGAGGCUCGUCAGCGCGAGGCGCAGGAGGAGAAGCUGAAGGCCCGAGAAGACGCCGCGGAGCGCGACCGCCUAGAGAAGCUGAAGAAGGAGGUGGAGGCGGAGAAGGCUCGGCUGGAGGCCAAGGCGAAAAUCCUUGCCAACGAUCGUGCCGCCUUCGAUUCCCUUGAGCAGAGGUCCUGCAAGGCACUGCGGGAUCUCUACGGGAGGGGGUUGAAGGAGCCGUUGGUGACUGCUGAGGAAGGCCCCGCCGAGCUGCCCCCCCAGCUGGUCACAGUGCUCGGGGGCAUUGUCAAUGGGGUCAGCCCCACGGUGGAAGGAGAAGCCUGCACACUCUCUGCCUCGACCGUGACUUGCGUCUUCAGCCACCUCCAUCUUCGCAACCCCAGCUUUGACUUUGAAGCCUUGCUUGAGCCUGUGGACCUAGAGCACUACACCGUCGCUGCCGAAGCCAUGAAGGACCAGGUGGAGGCCCUACUGUGGAAGUUCCUCGCCAUCGAACUCGCGCCCACGGCUGACGGCGACGCCGAGCCUACGGCCGCGGCUUAUGAUACGGGUGGCGGCGACGUUGUCAACUACAGAGCGCUUCUUGCGGGUGAUGGCAGCGCCCAAGGUUGA